UUAUUUUUUAGGGAAUGUGAAAGCAGUAAUUUUAAAGAGAAAAAGAGAAAACUUGCAGAAAAAUCAAAUGUGAUUGGUGGAUAUUCAUGUAGGUGCGUCGCAGAGGAUAAAAGCUGAAAAAAAAAUACGGUCUCGAUGGAUAGGGAUUACACGUCACUCAUAGGUUCGAACGACCCGCCGCCUAGCGCCCCAACAAAGAAGGAAACCCUAACAAAGCAAAGCCAGCCGAUUUUCCUAAUCCCUUACCGCCACGUGUCAGUCAUCUUUUCCCAUUCUUUUAUCUUUCCCUCACUCCUCUUUCCGCACUCAUCCGGUUUCCCUUCCUCCUUCUCCGACCGCCAUUUCCACCCAAUCGGAACCCUAAAAUUCCUUCUUCCACUGGUUUCCGACGAAUUUUUCGCCGGUGAAUGUUGUCGUUUCACCUGGAAAUGGUGGAACAGUACGUCGUCGAUCGUGUUCCAUCCAAGACCUUGUUCCACAAGAGGAAAAAAACUCUUCAGAAUUGAAUAAUUCCAGAUCUGUCUCCUCUCUGAAAUUUGUAUAUUAAUCAAAAGUUUUGUACAGUUACCUUAGAUUCGGUUGUAGCCGGAAGAAAUGGCGCCGGAGAUUUGAGUUUUGAAGUUUGGAAUUCUUCGACUGUUCGUUUUUCUUUUUUUUUUAGUUUUUUUUUUUCAUUCUGUGAAGCUUGGAGAAGGUGGCGAAGAUGAAUCUAGGUGCGGCGGAGGAAGAAUCGCCGCAGGAAAUUCAUAUUCCGGCCGAAAUUGAUUGGCAAAUGCUCGAUAAAUCUAAAUUCUUCUUUCUCGGUGCAGCGUUGUUUUCAGGUGUUUCAGCUUCUCUUUACCCUAUGGUAGUGUUGAAAACUCGGCAACAGGUUGCUCAUUCGCAGCUUUCUUGCAUCAGAACCGCAUUUUCUCUUGUCCGCCAUGAAGGUUUUCGAGCUCUCUACAGAGGGUUUGGUACUUCUUUAAUGGGAACUAUCCCUGCUAGAGCUCUCUACAUGGGAGCUCUUGAGAUUACAAAGAGCUAUGUCGGAACAGCCACCAUUAAAGUGGGAUUUCCAGAAACUACCGCAGCUACCAUUGCUAACGCAGCUGCUGGAUUGAGUGCUGCAAUGGCAGCUCAGCUUGUAUGGACUCCUGUUGAUGUUGUAAGUCAAAGACUCAUGGUUCAACCUAGCUAUAACAAUCCCAAUUCUUCCUCAACUCAUUACAUCAAUGGAAUCGAUGCAUUUCGUAAGAUCCUCAAUGCCGAUGGCCUCCGAGGCCUCUACCGAGGAUUCGGGAUAUCAAUUUUGACCUACGCACCGUCGAAUGCUGUGUGGUGGGCUUCUUAUUAUGUAGCUCAGCGGCUGGUUUGGGGUGGAAUUGGAUGCUGCUAUUAUGCAAAGAAGGUUCAGGUUGAUGAAGGUAAUGAAAAUGGAGGUUAUGGUAAUAAUGUCUACAAACCCGAUUCCAAGACUGUGAUUGCAGUACAGGGGGCCAGCGCAGCAAUGGCGGGGAGUAUAUCGGCUUUGAUAACAAUGCCGCUCGAUACAAUCAAGACAAGAUUGCAGGUUUUGGAUGGGGAUGAAAAUGGGAGAAGAGGGCCAACUAUAGGACAGACAUUGAGGAAUUUGGUGAGGGAAGGUGGAUGGACGGCAUGUUACCGAGGCUUGGCGCCGAGAUGUGCGUCGAUGUCGAUGUCUGCAACGACGAUGAUCACUACAUAUGAGUUUUUGAAACGGCUAUCAACAAAGAAUCAAGAGAGUUUAAGUAGCUAAAACAUAGCAGGAAGAUGGGACUUUUCAUGGAGAAGAUUGUCAUUUUUCUGAAACUGCUUCUGUAAUUCUCUUUUUUUUUUUUUCAAUUUCUCUCUCUUUUUUUUUUCUAAUUUUAUUUUAAUGAAUCCAAUCUGAAUCUAGCUUGUUCAUAUAAUGUAAGGCAUCGCCAUGUUCAUAUUAUAAAAUGUAUAGAAAUAAUUACUUCCUGUAAAA